AUGACAGUGCCAGAUGGCUCUUCCGGUGGACCGCCGGCCGGUGUCACGUACCAAAAGGGACAAGGUAGGGAGCCUGCAAGCACCAAGAAGUUCUACAUCUUUGGUCACAACAUCUCUCACUCGCUCUCCCCAACGAUCCACAAUGAGGGCUUCAAACACACAGGUUUCGACGGACACUACACUGUCCACGAGAGUCUGAGGGUGGACUCGAGAAUCGCAGCCCUGCUUGCGGACCCCAACUUUGGCGGCGCAUCCGUGACCUUCCCACACAAGUUGCAGGUUGCGGACCUGCUCGACUUUGUGUCCGCGGCUGCUAAAAAGAUAGGCGCUAUCAACACAAUCAGCAAAAAAGACGGAAAGUUGUGGGGGGACAAUACCGACUGGUCCGGUGUCAAGUCAUGCAUUGACAACGCUGGGAUAACCGGGCUCGCGGACGCUCCAGCGAUUGUGCUUGGCGCAGGGGGUGCGGCGAGGGCGGCGUGCUACGCGCUGGUUGAGCUGGGGAUUCCCAGAAUCCUGGUGGUCAAUCGCACAAGGGCCAACGCUGAGGCCAUGAUCUCGAGGUUUCCGGAGGCGAGCUUUGAUAUCUGUGAGACACUCGAGGAAGCCGUGGAGGCGUCGAAAGCCACACCACCGAGGGUCGUGAUUGGAUGUAUACCUGCGGACGACCUCACCGAGGAUAAGAUUCCUGCAAGACUCUUUGGAGGCGCAGAAUCCGGAAUUCUGGUUGAGAUGGCAUACAGACCACCAGUCACGGGUAUGGAAAAGGCAGCUGUGAAGCAUCUGAGCUGGAGGAUCUUCAAGGGCGUUGACAUUUUGAGGGAACAGGGCUUUGCGCAAUUCUCGAUUUGGACCGGAACAGAGGCGCCCAAGGAGGUCAUGUCAAGAGCUAUGGAAGAAGAGUUAAAGAGACGGGCUAUCACUCAGAAACAAUAG